UCACGCGCCCACCGCUCCAUCUUUUGGUGGUGCCGCCCGCCUCUCGGGGCAGGCGAGGUGGUCUCCCCGCCACCUAGUGGGCUGGGCGCCUCACCCCCGGGCAGGCCCGGGAGAGUGCCGGUUCGGGACAGCAGGGACCGGCAAGGAGGGGGCCCGUAGGGGAGGGGCAGAGGGCAGAACACCGCGUCCCUCCUCACGCGCUACACCACCAUGAGCGCACACAACUCGCCCGCCUCGCAGGGGGGCCGAGGUGGCGGGGGGGCCGAGCGCGCUCCCGGAGCCGAGGGCAUCGCUGCCCAGAUCCCGAGCCAGGCCUCCAUCUCGGGCGCGGCCGCAUCUUCCAUGUCCGGGUCGAACAUCCAUGCCGAGUGGCGGACCUUGACCGGUUCGUUGGCCAGGCAAGAGUGGAGCAGGUCCACAACGGACACCGGAUACGAGAACACCUCCAGGUCCAGCGCGUCUGCCGAACUCGAUUUCAGUCUUAGCCGGAGGACCAACACGGACUCUAACACAAGCCUCUGGCGCUUUGACGCCCACGGCCAGAGUCACCAGAUCCCCAAGUCUGCUACCCGCUUGAGCACCGCCGAGAGGGCCGCCCCAGCAUCCGACCCGGACGCCAGCAGCGGUCGGGGAUCGGUACCAGCCCCCGCCCCGCCCUCAGACUCCACCCGAGUGUCAGUGUCAGAAUCCACCCUGGCCGCAGGGCGCGGCUACCCCCGAGUAUCAGUACCAGGACCUCCUAUAACCAAUAACUCUUCCCUAGAGUCGAUGCAAGGGUCCGACCCGCCCGUGACACCCGGCUUCCUCAGGGUAUCUACACCAGCACCUCCUCCACCCAGUAACACUCUCCAGGAGUCUGCACAAAGGUUGGCCCCGCCCUCAGUGCAAGGCUCCUUCCGGAGUUCGGUGCAAGGACCUCCCACACCUAACUCCCCUCUAGUGUCACAGCACAGGUCCUUGCGGUUCCCAGUAGCUGGCUUUCCCCGAGUGUCAGUAGACGCAUCCGCCCAGCUCUCGGACUCCACUGUAGAGUUGUUGCAAGGGUCCGCCCCGUCCUCCGUGCUCAGCAUCCCCCGGGGUUCGCUGCAAAGAUCUGUCCGGUACUCCGACGUCUCCGGAGCGUCGGUGCAAGCGAGCGCCCCGCCCUCAGUGCCCGGCUCCCCCCGGGGUUCGCUGCAAGGAUCUGUCCUGUACACUAACAUCUACCGAGCGUGGGUGCAAGAGAGCGCCCCGCCCUCAGGGCCUGGCUCCCCCCGGGGUUCGCUUCAAGGAUCUGUCCCGUACCCCGACGUCUCCGGAGAGUGGAUGCAAGAGACCUCCUUGCCCUCAGUGCCCAGCUCCCCCCGGGGUUUGCUGCAACGAUCUGUCCCGUACUUAGACCUCUACCGAGCGUGGGUGCAAGAGACCGCCUCGCCCCCAGUGCUCGGCUCCCCCCCGGGUUCGCUGCAAGGAUCUGUCCCGUACCCCGACGUCUCCGGAGGGUGGGUGCAAGAGACCUCCUCGCCCUCAGUGCCCAGCUCCCCCCGGGGUUUGCUGCAACGAUCUGUCCCGUACUUAGACCUCUACCGAGCGUGGGUGCAAGAGAACGCCUCGUCCCCAGUGCCCGGCUCCCCCCGGGGUUCGCUGCAACGAUCUGUCCGGUAUUCUGACGUCUCCGGAGCGUCGGUGCAAGAGACAGCCCCGCCCUCAAUGCUCGGCUCCCCCCGGGGUUCGCCGCAGGGAAAGGUCCCGAGCUCGGACUCCUCCCAAGCGUCGGGACAAGGAUCCGCCCAGCCCUCAGUGCCCGGCUCCCCCCGAGGUUCGCAGCAGGGACCGGUCCCGAGCUCGGACUCCUCGCGAGCGUCGGGACAAGGAUCCGCCCAGCCCCCAGUGCCCGGCUCCACUCGGGUGUCCGUGGAAGAAUCGACUCCGCCCCUGGCCUCCCCCCGAGAGUCGGUAGAAGGGUCCGCCCCGCCCUUGACCGGCCCCACUUCUAUACCUACGCCCCGCGAGAGUCUCAAUCAGAGCAUGGCGAGUCGGGAGAAGGCGAGUGUCGCGGGCCACAUGUUCGACGUAGUCGUGAUAGGAGGCGGCAUCUCAGGGCUGUCUGCCGCCAAACUCUUAGCUGAACAUGAAGUGAAUGUUUUGGUCUUAGAAGCGCGGGACAGAGUUGGAGGAAGAACAUACACUGUGAGGAAUGAACACGUCAAUUACGUAGAUGUUGGCGGGGCAUAUGUGGGACCAACCCAGAAUAGAAUCCUACGGUUAUCUAAGGAGCUGGGUCUAGAAACUUACAAAGUGAACGUAUGUGAGCGGCUUGUUCAAUAUGUAAAGGGGAAAACUUAUCCUUUUCGGGGCGCCUUUCCUCCGGUGUGGAAUCCUGUCGCGUAUUUGGAUUACAACAAUCUGUGGCGGACAAUGGAUAACAUGGGGAAGGAGAUUCCAGCCGAUGCACCAUGGGAGGCCCCACAUGCUAAGGAAUGGGACAAGAUGACCAUGAAAGAGCUCAUCGAUAAAAUCUGCUGGACAAAGACUGCUAGGCAAUUUGCAUAUCUCUUCGUGAACAUCAAUGUGACCUCUGAACCCCACGAGGUGUCUGCGCUGUGGUUCCUGUGGUACGUGAAACAGUGUGGAGGCACCACUCGGAUAUUCUCGGUUACCAACGGGGGCCAGGAACGGAAGUUUGUGGGUGGAUCUGGUCAAGUGAGUGAACGGAUAAUGGACCGCCUCGGGGACAGGGUGAAGCUGAAGCGUCCUGUCACCUAUGUUGACCAGUCAGGUGACAGCAUCAUCAUAGAGACGUUGAAUCAUGAAGUGUAUGAGUGCAGAUACGUAAUUAGCGCCAUCCCUCCAACAUUGACUGCCAAGAUGCACUUCAAACCAGAGCUUCCGUCAGAGAGAAACCAGUUAAUUCAACGUCUUCCGAUGGGAUCUAUCAUUAAGUGCAUGAUGUAUUACAAGGAGGCCUUUUGGAAGAAGAACGAUUAUUGUGGCUGUAUGAUCAUUCAAGAUGAGGAAGCACCCAUCUCAAUAACUCUGGAUGACACCAAGCCAGAUGGAUCACUGCCUGCUAUCAUGGGCUUCAUACUUGCCCGAAAAGCAGACCGACUUGCCAAGCUCCAUAAAGAAAUCAGGAAGAAGAAAAUCUGUGAGCUGUACGCCAAAGUGCUAGGAUCCCAAGAAGCUUUACACCCCGUGCACUAUGAAGAGAAGAACUGGUGCGAGGAGCAAUACUCUGGGGGCUGUUACACCGCCUACUUCCCCCCUGGGAUCAUGACUCAAUAUGGAAGGGUGAUCCGCCAGCCGGUCGGCAGGAUUUACUUUGCGGGCACUGAGACUGCCACACACUGGAGCGGUUACAUGGAAGGGGCAGUAGAGGCUGGAGAGAGAGCUGCUAGAGAGGUCUUGAAUGCUCUCGGGAAGGUGGCGAAGAAGGACAUCAAGGUUCAAGAACCUGAAUCAAAGGACGUUCCAGCUGUAGAGAUCACCCGCACCUUUUGGGAGAGAAACCUUCCCUCAGUGUCAGGACUGCUGAAGAUCAUCGGAUUUACCACCUCAGUAACUGCCGCGUGCAUUGUGGUGUACAAAUUCAGGCUCCUGUCCCGGUCAUGAGGUUCUUCUGCCUGUGUCCUUCUGCUUCUCUUCCCCAGCAGCAUCAAAAGCAAAUUGUUGGCAAAGGCUGUGUCGUUGGACUGUUGUUAAUAUGCACCGGAUUUAACCCCUCGGUGUAGUCUCAUUCGGUGUCAGAGUAAAAACAACCCAAAAAACCACCUCGUAAUUUCAAUAAGAUCAAACUUCAUUGUAUGAUUUGCCUGUGUAGACUGAUUUGUUCUGAUUGGGAGAGUAAAGCCAUGUGAUCGAUUUCUUAAUUUCAAGACAUCAAAUUGAAUUGCUGAUCAGAAACCAUUACCAUGUCGGGUUUUUUCUCCUCGUUAAUACAAAAUGCUUGAUGAUUGCACAAAUGAAGCAUUUCACUUUCUCCCUGGAGCGGUUGCGUAGGCACAAGCCCAGCCUGUGAUUGUCCUUUUCAGUCCUUAGGAAAUGGUGAAGCCCAGAGGCUCAUAGCUUCCUGGGGGUGCUGAGGCUCCCCCUUUGGAUGAGGGGUAGUAAAUGGAAGCCGUACAGAUAGACCAUUAGUGGGGGACAUCUUGUGGGCAGUGCCUCAGGGAUCUCCUGACCGCUUCUAAUUCCUGUGAAGUUUCUAGACAUCCGAUCUAAUGUUCAGUUGACUUGCUGUGACUUUUGUGUAGCUCCCCAGGGGAUCACAGUAGACCUAGUGGCAGGACUGUCUCCCGCGAGGACAGUCCUUAUGAGCUCUGCAAGAGACCAGCUGCAUUCGGUAUCUUCUCUUCCUCCUAGAAGAUGGCUAAACAUCACUUCACUCAUCAUUCGUGAUAAUAUUCAUGCCGAUUUCAAGACAGUAUUGUCCUUUUUGCAGGUAGACCCUGGCUGUCUGAAGACCCCUAGUGGCAUAUAUUUUUUUUUCUUUUGUCCUAGGACCGUAGUAGAAUUAGGCGGGUCUGUUAACUUAAAUGACACAGUUACCUUUGAGUAAAUACUGGCAUGCUAAUCUCUCUCAAGUAGGAACUGAAAUACACCUGAUAAAUUUCCAGUUGUUAUUUGUUGAGACUACCAAAUACAGAAAGGAAAUUGGGACUUUCUAGCAUACCCUCACUGGCUUUAGUUAUUAAGUUCAUGACAGACAUGACAUUGACUGAUUUUAAUACGAAGAGUGACUUCUCUAUUUUAGGAGUAAUGUGGGCCCAGAAUGGUGCCCACCUCUUUCUGGCCUUUCCCAUUUUAAAACCUCAGUUGUUGUUUUGUUUUGUUUUGUUUUCAAAGCCCCUUCCAGAGGGUUUCAGCCUUAAAACACUACUUUUUUAGAUAUAAGCAUCCAGAAGAAAAACCAGCACCGAUGUGAUCAAAUAAAGCAGUUGACAAGAUUCAGUGAACUUGGGUACACAGGUGGAUAUGCACUUAACCCCCACGUCACUGAUGAAUGAGGCAUUUUAGAGGAAGUUUCUAGAUACUUGAAGUGUACUCUUUAAAGUACCAAAAAGUUUACAUAAAAUUUUUGAUGGGCAUACUUCCACACAUUAUUCAACAAACAAGAUUCAAAUUCAUCUUUUUUUAAUUAGGUCAAUCGUUAAGUGCCUCAAUUAUUUUAUACUUUCAUAAGAGAGAAUGAUACCAUUGUGUUUACCCCUCUGCUGAAUGUCACAUGAUUGGUUUAUAGCUGCUAAGUCUACUACUGCUCCUUCUAUCUUCUCCCAUAUUCAGGAUUUUAUUUCAUACCCUUAUUAUCCUAAUACCUCUUGACCUCAUCUCCUAUCUCCUAUUGAAUGGGAAUUAAAGAUUGCAGAGAAAAAUCAACCCAAGUUUAUUGCAUAAUUAACCUUAUAAAUUUGCAAGUCACUGGACCCUGAUAACGAGGGCUUAAGGUAUUCCAGUUUUGCCUGUCCUAAGAGCAAAGAGCAGGAUUUUUCUGCCACUCUUUACUUUGUAAUUGAAAAGCGUUUUAGCUAACGUAGGAGUUUGGGUAACGCCUUGGAUGUGCUCCAGUCCGGAAGGAGUUGCCGCAUACUAUAUCAAACCGCUUAGAGAAAUCACAUCCCUGAUCUAUUUCAGUUGUUUCUGUUCACUUACUGAUUAACGUGGUUCUGACACACCUUUUGGGAAAUGCUGAUUUAAACCUCUUAACUGGCAACAGUUUUAACUGGGAGGAGGUUGUUAGCAUAGCUAAGUCUUUAAUGUAGAAAGACUCCUGAGUCUGUGAUGUACCCUCUUCUCAAACUUUUUAGAAAACCCAUUUCUUUCUCCUGAUGAGAACCAGCCCUGUUAAACUGCAGCUUGAGCUUAAAAAUGAAUGCUAGUCCAGGUGUACCUAGGUAGGAAAUCAGAGCUGAGGACACCCGCCAUUUUGUUUGUCCACUGCCAAGAUCCCAUAGGUAGGUCUUUCUUCCAACCCUGAGAAAUGAAAGGCAGUUUAAGCAGCUCAUAGGGCCUGGCGUUAGCUUCCCGGUUCUGAAGGCUGAGUAGGCCUCACUCCAUAGUAAGGUCGAGAAGUAGACGUAAAGAGCGAACCUUUUUGUCACGGAUGUUGAAGAAGGACUUAAACCACACUGAAGGAAAACUACCGAAGGAUUGUGAACUAUGUUUACUUGGAUUGUGAACUUGGUGCCUCGUGUUCUGUCUGAAAUGUGCCCCAGUGCUACAUGUGCGAGUACACGUAUGUGUGUGUUUUGCCACUGAAAUACGACUUUGCCUGUGUGGUACUGUUUUGUUUGUUAAUAAAGUGCACUCCCAUCCCUGA